AUGGCGACGAUGUCUCAAGCUAAUUCUACGAGAAUGUAUUCUUGGUGGUGGGAUAGUCACAUAAGCCCUAAGAACUCAAAAUGGCUCCAAGAAAAUAUCACCGAUAUGGAUUUCAAGGUGAAGCAAAUGAUUAAGCUCAUUGAAGAAGAUGCGGAUUCCUUUGCCAGGAGGGCGGAAAUGUACUAUAAAAAACGGCCGGAGCUUAUGAAAAUGGUCGAGGAGUUUUAUAGGGCAUACCGAGCGUUGGCUGAGAGAUACGAUCAUGCAACUGGAGUGAUCCGCCAAGCACAUCGGACCAUGUCUGAAGCAUUUCCUAAUCAAGUUCCUAUGAUGAUCACGGAUGAUAUGGAGGCUGAGCCGCGUACUCCUGAUACUCGCCAUCCUUCACGCGCAUUUCUUGAUUCGGAUGAAUUAGAAAAGGACACUCAUGUUAUCAAAAGAAACGGAGCGUUUAAUGAAGAAUCUUAUUCUCCUUUGAACAAUACAGGUUUGAGACAGCUCAGUAAUCUCUCCAUCCCUCGAGAACACGCCAAGUUUGCAGAAGGGCGUGCUAGAAGGGGGCUCAAUUUUUUAGAGACGGAGGAGGAAACUAGCGAGCUGAAAAACGGAAGUCAAAACACUAAGGCUCAAGUUUUGUCUGAGUCCGAACGUGUGACAAAAGCUGAAGCGGAAAUCUCAGCCUUAAAGAAAGCACUUGCCAAAUUAGUAGAUGAAAAGGAAGCUGGGUUGCUUCAGUAUCAGAAGAGUUUGGAGAAAUUAUCUAAUCUUGAAUUAGAAGUGUCUUCUGCACAAGAGAUUUAUCAAAGACUUGAUGAACGAGCAAGCAAAUCAGACGCUGAAGUUCAAUGCUUGAACGAAGCAGUAAACAAAUUACAGGUUGAAAAGGAAGCUUAUCUUCUUCAGUACCAGAAAUGCUUGGAGAAAAUAACCAGCCUGGAGAAAAAUGUUUCUUCUGCUGAGAAGGACGCGGAAGAGUUAAACGAACGCGCUACUAAAGCUGAAACUGAACUUGAGUUGUUGAAGCUGGACCUCGUUCGAGUAGAAGCUGAAAAGGAAGCUGCCCUUGUUGAAUAUAAACAGUGCUUGGAGACUUUAUCGAAUCUGGAGAAGAGAUUAAAAGAAUCCGAGGAGAAUGCUAGAAGGAUUAACGAGCAAGCUACUAUAGCUAGAAAUGAAAUCGAGGCUUUGAAGUUGGAAGUUACUAAACUUAAUGAAGAGAAGGAAGACAAUGCUCUCCGGUAUCAGCAAUGCUUGGAGAUAAUUUCCAGUUUGGAACAUAAACUUUCGUGUGCCGAAGAGGAGGUUCGUCGGUUAAAUUCAAAGAUCGAUGACGAGGUUGAAAAGUUACAUAGUUCCGAACAGAAGUGUCUUCUUUUGGAAACAUCAAAUCAUGCUCUACAGUCUGAAUUACAGUCUUUGGAACAAAAAGUGGGGUCUCAAAGUGAAGAACUUAAUGAGAAGCAGCAAGAAUUGAGUAAACUUUGGAGUCGUGUACAAGAGGAGAGACGGCAUUUCAUUGAGGCUGAAACCGCUUUCCAAACUCUUCAGCAUUUGCAUUCUCAAUCUCAGGAAGAGCUUAGAUCUUUUGCUGUCAACUUGCACAGUAAAGCGGAAUUACUCAGGAAUAUCGAAUUGUGUAAGGAGGCUCUAGAGGAUGAAGUGCGCAAAGUCAACGAGGAAAACAAAAUUCUAAACGAGGUCAAGGUUUCUUCUUCUUUGUCUAUAAAAACUUUGCAGGAUGAGAUAAUGAAUUUGAAAGACACAAUAGAGAAACUCGAACAGGAGGUUGAGCUGCGACUUGAUGAAAGAAAUGCUCUUCAGCAAGAAAUUUACUGUCUUAAAGAGGAGCUUAAUGGCAUGAAUAAAAAACACGAAGAUUUGAUGGAGGAGGUCAGGUCAGCUGACUUAGAUCCUCAGUGCUUUGGCUUGUCUGUGAAAAAAUUGCAAGACGAGAACUCGAAGCUGAAAGAGACGUGUGAGGCUGAGAAAGAUGAGAAAAUGGCUCUUUUGGUGAAAUUGGAAACAAUGGAGAGACUUUUGGAGAAGAAUUCGGUUUUAGAGAAUUCCAUUUCAGACUUGAACUCUGAGUUGGAUAGUCUAAGAGGAAAGGUAAAUGUCUUGGAAGAAACAUGCCAGACUUUGCUUGCGGAGAAAUCAACUCUUUCUUCUGAUAAGGACACCUUGUUUUCUCAAUUACAAGCCACAAUCGAGAAGCUGGAAAAGCUCUCGGAAAAUAACAACCUUCUGGAAAAUUCACUGUUUGAUGUCAAUGCUGAACUUGAUGGAUUAAGGGGAAAGUCCAAGAUCUUAGAAGAAACGUGCCGGUUACUCGAACAUGAUAAGUCCUCUAUCUUUUCAGAGAAAGAAGCCUUAGUUUCAGAGUUGAACACCACUCACCAAAUGCUGAAGCAUCUUGAAAAACAACACAGUGAAUUGGAACUAAUGCAUUCGGAGCUAAAAGGAGAAAGGGAGUCUGCACUUCAAAAGGUAGAAGAGCUAUUGGUUUCCCUAUAUUCUCAAAGAGAAGAACAUUGCAGAGUUUUGAAACUGAAUGAAGACGAAGUGGCAAACAAAGAAUUACAAAUUCAUACCAUGCAAGAAGAUGCAAAGCGCCAGAAAGAAGCAUAUGACGAGGAGCUGGAUAGAGCUGUACAUGCUCAAAUUGAAAUUUUCGUCUUGCAGAAGUUUAUCCAAGAUUUGGAGAAGAAAAACUUUUCCCUUCUAGUUGAGUCCCAGAGACUUUCGGAGGCGUCUAAAAUGUCUGACAGAAUGAUUUCUAAAUUGGAGACUGAGAGUAUUCAAAAGCAAGAUGAUGUGAAUUCUUUGUCUGAGAAGCUUAAAAUACUAAGAAUUGGGCUGCUUCAGGUGGUGAAGACUCUUGACACUAACAGGGAUCAUUUCUUUGAAGAUAUGCUCGAAGAAGACCAAGCUCUCUUGAACCAUAUACAUCGAAAACUUAAGGAGAGACAAGAGUCUUUUGACGCAAUUUUCAACGAAAGCCUCCACACGGCCGUUCAGAAUUCAGUUCUGAUUACAUUUCUUGAACAGUUGAAAUUGAAGGUAGAAAGUCUUGUGAUAGAAAAAGACGCGCUUGACGAUGAGUCUAGGAUACAGUCUAAGCAGUUCAUGGAAUUGCAAAUGGAGUUCCAAAAGAUAUCGGAGAUGAAUCAGGAAUUGAAGCUGACAAUAAUCAAAGGAGAAGAGAGAAUAGAAGGAAUGACAUCUGAAAUGGAUAAUCUACACAAAGAGCAGUCGGACUUGAAAAAGAGCUACAAGAACUUACAGGAGGAAAACUGCACGAUAUUGGAAGAGAAAAAGUCCUUGAUGAGAAGCUUUAAAGAUUUGAAUGAAGAGAAGGUUAACUUGGAAAAUGAAAUUUUUGUUAUGUUCCGUGAGACAUUAGUUCAAUCUAAUGUUUCUGUGGUUUACCGGAAUAUUAUCUUUGAAAAACUCGGGGAACUUGAACAGCUUGGUCAAGAGCUUGAUAAGCUCGGUUCAAAUAAUAAUAACCUUGAGGAGAGAUUGAUGAUAAUGGCACACAAAUUAGAAAGCAAAGAAAAGGAAAAUUCUCAUCUUAAAGAGUUAUUUGUGAAGUCAAAUGUUGAAUUGAAUUUAGUUGAAUCUGUCAAUGAUCAAUUGAAUUGUCAAAUUAGAAAUGAAAAGGAAAUGUUGUGUCAAAAGGAAAUUGUGCUUUUGGAAGCAGCUAAGACAUUUCAUGCUUUACAGACCGAGAAGAAAGAGUUACAAAGAACGGUGGAAGAUCUGAAGAUUAGAUAUGAUGAUGCCAAGGAGAAAAUUGAAGAGCAAGCUAAUCAAGUUUUUAAAUUGUCGUCAGACAAGGACCGUCAAAAUGAAGAGCUUGGAGGCCUUUACGAAGCAAACCAAAAUUUGGAAUCUUUGAUGAAGUGCCUACACCAUGAACUUGAAGAGACUAAAACGAGGGAAAAGAAGCUAAGUUAUGAAGUACAUGAAGGAAUAAAUGAGAUUGAACAAUGGGAAACUCAGGCUACAGCACUCUACGCCGAACUGCAGAUUUCUGCUGUCAAUGAAACAUUAUUUGAAGGGAAGGCCUGCGAGCUAGCGGAUACAUGUGAGCAUCUUGAGCGGAUAAACAACUCGAGAGACAUGGAAAGUGAACAGAUGAAAGAAUUAGUUAACAAGUUGGAAGGUGAAAAUGCGAAACUGUAUGGUCAGUUAGCUGCGUAUAUUCCAGCUAUCAGUGCUUUGAGUGAUUGCGUAACAUCCCUAGAGGUGCAGACUCUUGGACAUGCAAAACAUCAUGACUAUGAAAAACCGGAGGUUAAGAAUUUGGUAAGUCACCAAUAUACUGAAAAUGGUCAACAGAUAGAUGAAGAUCAAACUGUUACGAAACCAGAUCCACUUCUUGAAUUCCAAAACCUGCAGAGGAGGAUCAAUGAAAUUUCAGUGGCAGUUAAUACUUUAAACGGAAGUUUCAAACUGGAGAAUGAAAUGAGAGAGAUUCAAGAAGCAAAGGAGAAGUCAAGGCCAGAUAAUCCUGUAACUGAGAUUGAAGUACUACCAAAAGACAUCAUGCUUGAUCACAUAUCUGAAAGUUCAUCCUAUGGAAUAAGCAGGAGAGGAACUCUUGAGUCUGAUGAUCACAUGCUUGAGUUGUGGGAAACAUCUGAUAAGACACAGAAGAUGUCAGCAGAAGCGGUAGAAGAUUAUCGUCAAAGAGGAGUGGCCAAAAAACCCUACAACAAACAUCCUUCAGGAGUUUCCUUGUUGGAAAAGGAAUUGAGUGUGGACAAGUUAGAGAUUUCAAGAAGAUUGUCGCGGCCGCGUGAAGAAGCCAACAAGAGCAAGGUUUUGGAAAGACUUGAUUCAGAUGCACAGAAGUUAUCAAACCUUCAAAUAACCAUACAAGAUUUGAUGACGAAAGUUGAAACUACCGAGAAGAGCACAAAAAGGAAAGGUGCCGAGUAUGAUACGGUUAAAGGACAGCUUGAAGCUUCUGAGGAGACUGUCACGAAGUUGUUCGAUGCCAACCGCAAGCUGAUGAAAAAUGUAGAAGAGGGUGCAAUGUCUUCAGCUGGGAAGGCAGCAGCAGAGUCAGGUGAGAUUGGAAACGUCAGCAGGAGGAGAGUUUCGGAACAGGCACAGAGAGGAUCAGAGAAAAUAGGACAACUUCAGUUGGAGGUGCAAAGACUGCAGUUUCUUCUUUUGAAACUGAAUGAUGGAAAAGAAAUCAAAGAGAAAACAGGAAUGGUUGAUCAAAGUUCGAGAGCACGAUUGCGAGAUUAUCUCUAUGGCGGGACAAGAACCAACCAUCAAAAGAAGAAAAAAACACCAUUUUGUGCAUGUGUAAGACCACCAACCAAGGGAGAUUGA